UGCCUCAAUUUACUGUCGCUUUACAUACUGCCCACUAAGGGUGUCAAUUAUUUUUCAUUUUUUGUAGGCACAGGAAAAGAAGUAGAGACAAACCAUACUUCUACUAUAGUUGGACUAUGGAAUAGUAUACUGUAAUCCGCUGCACCUCUCCCUAUCUCGAUUUACCAAUCCUUACUUCCCAUUUUUUACUGUGUCUUUACCAACCCCCAAUCCACCCACUAAUUUGUAGGCACAGGAAAAGAAGUAGAGACAAACUUGACUACAGUUGGACUAUAGAAUAGUGUACUCUUUCUUGUUGCACUUGCUGUCCAUUUACCAAUCCUCCCACACUACCCAUGAGGGUUUACACUUUUUACUUGCCUAUUUGUUGUGUGAGAUGUGAUUGUGUACUAUCACUAAUUGCAGGCUUUUCAACGGUGGCAGAUAGCAUUAGCCCCCUGGAAAUGGCACAUGUUGCAUUUGAGUCAGAGCAGUGGGUGCUGUACCUCAUGAUCUGCAACCUCCUCUCGGGGAUAUUUGUUGCCUUAAACAUUGGUCAUCAGUUGCUGAACGUGUCGCGAAGAGAGACCACUUACUUUGAUGCAACUGGCCAAGCUGCAUAUCGGAAGGAGAGGCAAAGAGCAAAGUCAAGCUUUAUGAAAAGACUGCAAAUGGUUCGGCUGUUUUUUGUCAACUAUCCCAAGUGGUACAAUCUCAGUGAUGCUACCGGAACUAAAGGUGGAGGUCGAAGAAGGAGAAUUAAACAUUCCCAUGUUGUAUGACACUUUUUCAUCUCGUGAUAUGAUUUUCAGCGGAAGCUCCGUUGUGUCCUUUGCGCAUGCGCUGCGAAAAUAUCAGAUACGCCUACCUUUCGCAGUGCAAGCUAGCUAGCCUAUUGUGCUGCUAGCGCGUUACGCUUUUCUUUCAGACGAUCGAGGGAGGAUCGAAGAAGUGUCUUGCAGUUAACCUGACGAUAAGUUGGCAGCUGAUCCAGGGUGCAAGACGACCAAGGAAGGACAACAAGAUCGCGAUUGCUGCAGUUUAGGGGCGGGGCUCGUACUGCAAUGGCCACUCAGGCGGCGCACGGGUUCGAGCAAGGCCGAAUCAAGAAACUGCAGGACGAGCGUGAGACGAUCCAAAAGAAGACGUUCACCAAAUGGAUGAACUCCUUUCUGGGGCCCGCUGGACACAGAGUGGGGGACCUUUUUACCGACCUCAGUGAUGGUCGCCUGCUCAUCAAACUGCUUGAAGUUCUAUCAGGAGAGAAGAUUGGUCAUGCAGGCAGAGGGAGGCUGAGAAUCAACAAGAUUGAGAAUGUCGGGAAAGCGAUUCAUUUCCUUCAGGAGAAAAAAGUGAAUUUGGAGAAUAUUGGAGCAGAAGACAUUGUGGAUGGGAACCCUCGUCUCAUCCUUGGUCUAAUCUGGACCAUUAUUCUCAGGUUUCAGAUUCAGGACAUUCAGUUGGAGGAUGAGAGCAGUGAGAUGAAGUCAGCCAAAGAGGCUCUACUGCUGUGGUGUCAGAGAAAGACUCAUGGAUACGCAGGAGUGAGUGUGAAAAAUUUUAGCAGCAGUUGGAAAAGUGGACUGGCAUUCAACGCUCUGAUACAUAAACACAGGCCUGACCUGAUCGACUACAGUGCUCUAAGGCCAUCUCAGCAUCUACACAAUCUCAACAAUGCAUUUGACGUUGCAGAAAAAGAACUUGGCCUUUCAAGGCUGCUGGAUGCAGAAGAUGUGGAUGUGCCUCGGCCUGAUGAUAAGUCAAUCAUGACAUACCUGGUCACCUACUACCACUACUUCUCCAAGAUGAAGGCUGAGGAGACUGGAGGUAGAAGGCUCAACAAGAUCAUUGGGCUGAUGGUUGAGAUUGAGAACAUGAAGACUGAAUACGACGAGAUGACAACCGCACUACUCGAGUGGAUUGAGAAGACAAUUGUUCGACUUAGCAAUCGCUCCUUCCCAAACUCCCUUCCUGAGAUGCAGCAGCUCAUGACCGACUUCAAAACAUACCGAACUGUGGAGAAGCCUCCAAAGUAUACUGAGCGUAGCAAUCUGGAGAUCCAACUGUUCAACAUUCAGAUGAAGCUGAGGGCCAGCCGACAGAAGACGUGGUACCCUCCUGAGGGAAAACUCGUCUCAGACAUCAACAAGGCAUGGGUGAGGCUGGAGGCGGCAGAACAUGAGAGAGAGGUAGCCCUAAGGAAAGAGUUGAUGAGGCAAGAAAAGUUACUGCAGUUGGCAGAGAAGUUUGCCCGGAAGGCGGCUCUGCGGGAGUCGUGGCUCAGUGACAUGGGACAGGUUCUGCAAGAACUGGACAAGGGGAAAGACAAGAGUGCUGUGGACGCUGCUCUCAAGCGUCACGAAGCCAUCAGUGCUGAUGUCCAUGCUGGGGAGUCCAGGAUUCAGGUGGUGAGGGACUUGUGUGCAGAGCUGACUACAGAGAAAUACCACGACUCUCCUGCCAUUCAGAGCAGGCAAGGGGUGAUAGAGAGGAAGUGGAGCGAUCUUCUGGCAGCACUGGAAGCAUGCAAAAGCACCCUCUCUUGCUACCACGACCUCAUGUCUGUCUUCUCAGAGAUGAGCGACUGCCUUGCAACUAUGGCUCAGAUUGAGGUGUCUCUCAAGUCAGAAGACUAUGGGAAGCAUCUACUGGGAGUCCAGGACCUACUGCAGAAGUACUCCCUCACUGAGGCUGACAUUACCACACAGACUGACAGGGCUAAAGCACUCAAGACUCAGUCGCGGAAGUUUGUCGAUGAGAAACAUCCUGAUAGUGCCAAGAUAGUGGCUCGCAGUCGAGACUUGGACGAAGCUUCCCAGCGACUUCACACUUUCUCUGCCACUAGGAAAGACAGACUUCAGGAGAGUCUAAGAGUACAGGAGUUCUUCCUGCAAGUGGAUGAAGAGGAGGCGUGGAUACGAGAGAGGGAGCCUCAGGCCAGCUCCACCGACUACGGCAAGGACCACUCUGGAGUGGUAGCUCUGCAGCAGAAACACCAGGCACUCGAGGCCGAGAUACAAGGGCACCAGCCACAUUUUGAGGCAGUGUGUAAGGAUGGGGCAAAGCUCAAGUCUGGGGGACAGCUUUCCUCCAAGACCAUCGGUCACAGGGUGUCCACUCUCCAAGACCGCUGGAGGAAGCUCGGGGAAAUGACCACCAGCAGGAAAGCCAGACUCGGAGACGCCGCACAGGCACAACAGUACUACUCCGAUGCCAACGAGGUUGAGGCUUGGCUAAAAGAGAAGGAGCCGCUCGUCUCCAGCCAAAACUAUGGGCGUGAUGAUGCCUCAUCAAAGAGUCUGCUGAAGAGCCACGAGAGUGCAGAGAAUGAGAUACGACUCUACAGCUCUGAGAUUGACAGGCUCAAGGAACUCAGUCGGAAGGUCAUUGAGGGCUCAACAACCACUACACCUCACUACGAGCGAUCUAUCAGUCCAGUUGAUGAGGAACCAGUGGAAGAAGAAGAGUAUGAGGUGGAGUAUGAGAGCGAAGAGUUUGAGACGAGGGAGAUGGAGAGGGAGGUUGAGGAAGAGGUGGCCAUUCCUCAAGUGAAGACCCUCUACCGCUACCAGGGACAGGGCAUGGGGUUCUCCAAGGGAGAGAUCUUUAUCCUCGCCUCAAAGAAAAACAAAGACUGGUGGGCUGUCAGACGGCAGAAUGGACAGGAAGGAUUUGUUCCAGCCAACUAUGUGAAGGAGGUGGACCCCCUGAAAACAACAAAGACAGUCAAGAGAAAGGAGAUGGUGUCUGUCCCUGUAAAGGUGAAGAGAAAGAGGAUGGAGAAAAGAAGAAUUGGCGGGAGGCGAUCUGGAGCCAAAAGACCUGCAAUCGGCAGAAGAACUGGUCCAGGGUUCGGUGGUGGCAAGUCGGACACUCAGAGUGUGCCCGGGAGGCAGCAGGCUAUCAACGGUGCCUAUGAUAAGCUUGUUCAAACUUCCGAGGCUCGCUGCAAGAGGCUGGAAGACAGUGUGAAGCAGUUUGGACUGUUCCGAGAGUGCGAUGACGUCGAAAGCUGGAUCACUGAAAAGGAGGCAAUAAUGGGAGCAGAGGAGAAAGGAAGUCACAAAGAGAGGGUGGAGGCCAUGCAGAAGAAGUUUGACACGUUUGUGACUGACCUGGCAGCCACAAGUGGUAGAGUGAGGGACAUACAUAGCGAGGCAGAGAAGAUGGUGAAGGUGGGGCACUCGCGAGCGAGAGACAUACAAACCAGGCAGCUACAGCUCAAACAGAGGUGGGAGAAACUUCAGAAGCUGAAACAGACCAAGGAGCAACUGCUUGCUCAAGCACAAAGCAUGCUGCAGUUUCAGCAGUUGUGUGACGAGACACUGUCGUGGAUCAAUGAAAAGGACCAGACUCUGUCCACCGAGGACUGUGGUCGAGAUCUUCCCUCAGUGCAGGCUCUCCAGAGAAAGCACAUGGCUCUGGAGAGGGAGUUAGCUCCGGUAGAGGAACGACUCCACACACUCACUGGCACGGCACGACAGGUGGCUUCCGCCAACCCCUCAGAGGCCAAGGCCGUCCGUGACAGACAGAGUGAGAUUACCGCACUCUGGGAGAAUCUGAAGGGUAAAGCAGCGAGCAGGAAAGUACAACUCGAAAACGCCUUUCUUCUACAAACCUUCCUGGCAAACUCCAAGGAACUUCUGACCUGGGCGUCUGAGACUGUGUCUGUACUGUCGUCAGAUGAUCUGGCUAAAGACGUACCUGGAGCAGAGGAGAUGAUGGAGAGAAACCAGGAGAUUAGGGCCGAGAUUGAUGCCAAGAAUGAGAAGUUUGACCACUUGGCUUCCCUGGCAAAGCAGCUGUCACCAUCAAGAGGCAGGGCCACAUUAGGAGGAGGGGGAGGAGGAGGAGGGGAAGAGGAGGUUCAGGAGAGGGCACAGCAUCUGAUGACAGAGAGACAGGCACUGAGGGAAGUGUGGGAGAAGAGAAACAGGAAACUCAAGCAGUGCUGUGAGCUACAGACGUCAGUCGACAGUGUCGAAGCGCUGAUCAAGAAGCACUCUGAUUUUGAAGGGACGUCAGUGUCACACGAGGAGAGGACGAGGGCCUUGUCUGAUCAGGCUAACAGACUCAUUCAUGCGGGACACUAUGCCACUGCCAGGGUAGCAGAGCGUCGCGAUGUAGUCAUUGGUCGUCGACAAAAGCUAAAGACAGUCUCUUCGGCCAGAGCUGGGAAGCUGCAGGACUCUCUUGCCUGGCAGAACUUCAGAAGGGAUGCAAAUGAGGUUGGAGACUGGAUUCAUGAGAAGCUGACGGUUGCAACGGACGAGAGCUACAGAGAUCCAACGAACCUACAGAGCAAGCUGCAGAAGCACCAAGCGUUUGAAGCAGAGCGUUCGUCAAACAAGGACAGAGUCGACUCUGUUUGCAAGACUGGGAAUGACCUGGUGUCAAGGGAGCAUUACAACAGUGAGGAGAUCAGAGAGAGGAUCCACACACUCAGUGAAGAGUGGGAGCAACUCACCUCUGCUUCUGCCGAGAAAGGAAAGCGACUGAAAGAGGCGUGGGAAUUGCAGAGGUUCCUGAGAGCAUCAGAGGACGAGCUGGUGUGGUGCAGGGAAGCAGACACCCUUCUCUGCAAUGAUGACAUCGGAAGAGACCUUCAGAGUGUGCGCUUCUUGCUCAAAAUCCACCAGCAACUGGAAACUGACCUAGCCCUACAUCAGGAGCAGCUCACCGCUUUGAGGCAGAAGGCACAGGAACUGGUGGAUCAACACCAUUUCGAGAGUCUUAGCAUCCAGAAGAAAAUCAAGGAAGUGAAUGACAGGUUCUCGAGGCUUCUUGAGCCUGCGUCAGAGCGACGGCAGCAACUGGAGGACUCCCUGAAGCUCCAGCAGUUCUACAGAGAGAUAGAGGGAGAGCUGCAGUGGGUGAAGGAGCACAAGUCCCUGGCAGACUCACCCGACUAUGGCAAGAGCCUUACCGGCGUGCAAAACCUCCAAAAGAAACACCAGUACUAUCAAGCUGCCAAUGAAGCUGAUGCCUGGAUGAACGACAAGGCAGGAGUGGCUGCAAACCAGGAUUAUGGACGAGAUGAAGAUGCAGCCGUAAAGGCCCUCAAGAAACACAAGCUUCUCUACUAUACACUGGAGGAGGAUGUUGAAGGGUAUGUGGUGGUAGUGGAGGAUCUGGAGCAAGAGUCCAAGAGACUAGUCAUGGCUGACCACUUUGACUCGACCAACAUCACUGCAAGACAGGCCCAAGUGGAUGAGCAGCUAGCUGGCCUGCAAACCCUGACAGCGGCACGACGCUCCAAACUAGAGGAAUCGAUUCAGCUACACCAGUACAUUAGAGACGUUGACGAGGUCAUGUCUUGGGUUAGGGAGAAACAGAGUGUGGCUUCUGCCGAAGAAUAUGGGAAGGAUUUUGACCACCUCCUGGUAUUGCAAAAGAAGUUUGAAGAGUUCAAACGCGAUGUCAAUGCUGGUAUGGAACGCUACACAGCGGCCAAUGGUCUUGCCAGGAGGCUAGUGGCUGAAGGCCACUCUGACACGGUCCUCAUCAAAGAGAAGCAGGACACUACGAGGUCGGGCUGGAACAAGCUGCAGGAGAUGAUCCAGUUUCGGGAGAAGAAGCUAGCUCACUAUCAUGAAAUCCACCGGUUCAAUCGUGAUGCUGGAGAAAUCCUCGGAAGAGUAAAGGAUAAGGAGGGCUCUAUUCCUCACGAUGACUUGGGGAAAAGUGUUGCCACUGUUCAAGUGUUGCAGAGAAAGCAUGAGACUUUUGAGAGAGAGGUUUUUGCUCUGGGGAACAAGACCCGUUUCUUGGAAUGUGAGGAAUUUCCUGUGGCAUGUGACAGAGGAAUGAGAGAGGAAAUACGAUCACAGGAGACUCGACUCAUGAAAAUGAGCGAAACACUGCAGACAGUGCAGAGCAACCUAACACAGCAUUCGAUAGCAAUUGACGAGGUUCGUCUACGGCAGGAUAUACUAGAUGUCAAGCAAUCGGUUCGCUUCACACUCAUCAACCAGAAAAACCCAGGAGCCAGUGUCUCAGAGGCAUUUGUUCCCGACAUCAAGAGCUCUUCCUUUCAGAAGCCAGAAAUGGACAUGAAUGUGGCCAGUGGAUUCCCCAAGUUUGCUCAGCAGUUGGAGGAGUUCCAGAAGCCUGUUUAG